AUGUCCAUCCGCGUCUUGAUCAAAGACUACCCACACCGCGCAAUCGCCCUCGCGACCGCUUCACAUGCCCUCGUGCUCCGACACAGCUCCUCAUCAUCGGCAGAUCAUAAUGGCAGCGUCAAUGCCUCGUCGACCUCGCUCGGAAGCAAUGGCGCCGGCGCGGCGCGUUGCAUGGUCGAGUUCUCCAAGCUGGAAGACGUGGACCUCGAAGACUAUCGGGCACUCCAUUCUGUGAAUGCGCACGGCACAUUAGGACUGAUCACGGUAAACGGGGAUGUCUUUCUCGUUGUGGUCAAUGAUGCCAGCAAAGUGGCAACGGUACGGCCGGGCGAGACGGUGCAAAGGAUACAGUCGGUUGGCUUCUACUGCUUGACAAGCGCGAGCUACGACGCUCUGCUCAACGACGAAGUCAAUCCAUAUCCCACCGACACCAUAGACGACGAGGGAUAUGAGAUGGGUUUUGGUGGCCGCAAGGAGCAGUCGCCCCUCGAACACCCGUGUCUGGCACUCAAAAAGAUAUUGAGCAGUGGCACCUUCUACUAUAGUUCUGACUUUGACCUCACUCGGCGACUGCAGGAUCGAACAUCAGAUGCGGCCACCGUGUCUAUUGACAGUCUGGAUGCUGGCUUCUUGUGGAACUCAUACAUGAUACAGCCACUGGUUGAUUUCCGGAGUAGGCUCGCUCCGCGAGAAAAGGAGGCUUUGGAUGCAUCCGGCAUAUUGACGUCCGCCAUCCGAGGCUUUGCCCUUACCAUCACUAUCCCCAAAGCCUCAGCUCCCAUCAAAGUGGAAGGCUCAGGCAUGCCGUCAGCAAUGACGCUCAUCUCCAGAUUAUCGUGCCGAAGAGCGGGCACGAGAUUCAAUUCACGGGGUAUCGACGACGAUGGAAAUGUAGCCAACUUUGUCGAGACGGAGACAAUCUACUGGGCACCAUCCGGAACUUGUUUCUCCUACGUGCAGGUACGGGGAAGUGUGCCUGUGUUCUGGGAGCAACAGACAGGUCUUCUUCCUGGGCAGCAGAAAAUAACUAUAACACGAUCGGCAGAUGCGACACAGCCUGCUUUUGACAAACACUUUGAGAAUUUGGAAUUGAGUUAUGGCGCCAUUCAUGUUGUCAAUCUUUUGAGCAACGAGAAACCAAGCGAGGUAGACUUGUCGCAAAAGUACAAGGCACAUAUCAGAAACAGCCCACUGAAUCAAAGCGGCGAGAAAGACGAUGGCUCGCAUGAACUUCUCAGGUUGACCGAGUACGACUUUCACGCUGAGACACGGGGACCUGGUGGAUAUGAGGCUGCCAGUAUGAUUGCAAGGUGGAUACAAACCUCUGCAGAAGGUUUCAAUUACUAUCUCUCCGAAGAAACCGAGGAAAAUGUUCGGAGCAAUGGACAAGACUAUAUCGUUCGGCGGCCCAUGACGAUUCUGCAACAAGAAGGUGUUUUCCGGACGAAUUGUCUGGACUGCCUCGACCGAACGAACCUUGUUCAGACCAUCAUCAGCAAAAUGGCGCUAGAAAUCUUCUUUAGCCACAAGUCGCUUCGAGCUACUCAGGAUUUUUGGGUCAGGCACUCAAGCAUGUGGGCAGACAACGGCGACGCUCUUUCUAGGAUUUACGCGGGUACUGGCGCCCUCAAGUCAUCUUUUACACGACAUGGGAAAAUGUCGAUAGCUGGAGCUCUAGCCGAUGCCCGCAAAAGCGCCACACGGAUGUACAUCAAUAAUUUUGCUGACAAAGGACGACAAAACACGAUUGAUAUGCUCCUCGGACGUUUGGUUGGACAAGUCCCUGUACACCUUUACGACCCGCUCAAUGACUUUGUUAUGGCAGAGCUCACCAAACGAUCGGCGGAGUAUUCACAGACGGAAAUGAUCAAUAUCUUGGUAGGGACCUUCAAUCUCAAUGGCAAAACCAGUGGUUUGAAUACCGAUCUGUCACCCUGGUUGUGUCCUGAUGUCGACCCCUCGCAACAAUGUCCCGAGAUUGUAGCGGUAGGCUUCCAGGAGAUUGUGGAGCUCAGUCCUCAACAGAUCAUGUCCACAGACCCAGAUAGACGAGAAGCAUGGGAAAAGGCUGUAAAGAAGUGUCUGAAUCACAACGCGGAGAAAUAUGGGAAAGAUGAAUAUGUCAUCCUUCGGGGCGGGCAGCUAGUAGGAGCCAGUUUGUCUGUCUUCAUUCGGUCAGAUCACCUCAAACAUGUCAAGAAUGUUGAAGGCAGUCUGAAAAAGACGGGAAUGUCUGGAAUGGCAGGCAACAAGGGCGCUGUAGCCAUACGCUUUGAAUACGCCAAUACCUCCAUCUGCUUCGUUACCGCUCAUCUCGCAGCUGGCUUUGCUAAUUACGAAGAACGUAAUCGAGAUUACAAAACAAUCAGCCACGGUCUGCGGUUUCAGAGAAAUCGAUCCAUCGAAGACCAUGACAGUGUGAUUUGGCUAGGUGAUUUCAACUACCGCAUCGGCCUGAGCAAUGACAAGGUCCAGAGACUGUGCCACGUCGGUGAUCUCGAGACCUUGUACGAUAACGAUCAGUUGAACUUACAGAUGGUCGCUGGGUUGACCUUCCCUUAUUAUUCGGAAGCGCGUAUAACGUUUCCACCGACGUACAAGUAUGAUCUGAACAGUGAUCAAUACGACACUUCUGAGAAAGCACGAAUUCCCGCGUGGUGUGAUCGGGUCUUGCGCAAGGGCGACAAUAUACGGCAGAUACACUAUGAUGCUGCACCGCUCCGAUUCUCCGACCAUCGGCCUGUCUAUGCGACUUUCCAGAUACUCGUUCAGAGGGUCGACGAAAAGAAGAAGGAGGCCUUGAAAGCAGCACUAUAUAGGCAAAGAAGACAAGUUGUUGGUGACACCAGAGCCGCAGGACAUGUGGGUGAAGAUGAAUCAGAUGAUGAGGACCUGCUCGGGUAUGAUAGUAUAGAGCCAGGACUGCCACCUGCAAGCUCUGAUAGAAGGAAAUGGUGGCUUGACAAUGGGCAACCGGCAAAAGCACGCGUUCAACCGCCAUCUGAUGGCUAUCUACCAAAUCCCAAACGACCCAGCAAUCCCUUUGCACCGUCUCCAGAGCCAGACUGGGUGGAUGUGAAGAAGCUAUCGGCGAGUAACAGGCCAGAACCGCCACCAGCGCGCGGCUCGCAGCGAGCACGAACCUUUCAGUACGACGGCGCAGGCCCGGUGUCUGGCUCGACAACGAGUCUGCACCAAAGCGGGACUCCAGGAACACAGAACCCAAGAGCCCGCAAAAUGAUUGUCCCAUCCUAUCCCGGCCAACCAAAUUCCUCCCCUCAAGAUCCCCUCGACACCCUCAGACGCACCGCCUCAAACGCAUCAUCCCACUCCCUCUCCACACUGCCCUACCGCUCCUCCAACACCCUCCCACCCAACCCGCUCGACCAAUCCCCACAACAACACCAACACCAACCACAAGUCCUGCGCAAAACUCUCCCACCCCCAAUCCCCAACAAAAAACCCUCACUCCUCUCCCGCGCCAUGUCCCCGGACUUAAAACCCUCGGCUCCGGGUUCUUUUGCCCCCCUCCCAGCCUCCCAGUCUACACAGCAUCGCUACCGCGACGAUCCCCCUUUGCCAGGGUCAAAACGCAAUAUCCUUGCUCCACCCCCGCCUCUGAAUAAAAAACCUGUCCCGGGUCAGGGAUAUAAUGGUGGUGGUGUUGGUGGUGGCAGUGUCUACCCCGAAGCAGAAUUCAAACCUGCAUUGCCGCCGCGCACAGGCACGGGGUUGAGUGUUGGGAGCAGUAGAGCUGGUGGGGACGCUCCCAUGAGCAGAAAUCUUCUGGAUGAGGAGCCGGAGGAGUUGAGGAAUUUGGGUGAUUGGGAGGUUUUGAGGCCGGAGAGGUGA